AUGGCUUCUCUUCAUGACAGUCCAGCUUCCAUACCCCAUUUCUUAAGGAUCAUUCUAGAUAAGACUUCUAAAAAGACCAGAAUUAAAAUUCCAAUGAAGUUUUCGACGAGAUAUGGAGAGAAUUUAUCAAGUCCAGUACAUCUUAAGCUUCCAAGUGGCUUAGAAAUGGAAAUAGAACUCAGAAGAUCCAACGAUGGUUGGGUUUGGUUUGACAAGGGUUGGCCAGAGUUCUCAAAGUUGUGCUCUCUUGACUAUGGUAAUUCGCUAGUCUUUGGAUAUGAAGGGAACUCCAACUUCUCUGUGUUUAUAUUUGAUAAAACUGCUACAGAAAUUGAAUAUCCUAAGCCCGAGAUGGAAGAAACUGAUUCUGAUUCUGAAGAAGAUGAUGAGACAGGCCAUGCCAGAGGAGAAAUCAUAAGAGAGAAUGAUAUGCCAACAAAGAAAGAUUUUGGAGGCUCAUCUAGCAGUCGAAUUUUCCUUGGGAGGAUGCAUCCAUUGACUAAAGGUGAAAAAGCUCUGGCUCUUGAGAGAGCCAAUGCUUUCGAAUCUGAAUAUCCUUAUUUCUUGGUUGCCAUUCAACCGGUUUAUAUCCACCGAGGCUACCUGCAUUUGCCAUCCGAAUUUGCAAGGAGACAUCUUGUCAAGCAGCGUGCACGUAACAUAAUCCUUAAGAUUUUAGAUGGAAGAACUUGGGUUGUCGAAUUCAAGUAUGAAACUUCAAUAACUCGAUUCCAGCGUGGCUGGUUGGCAUUUGCAAGGGACAAUAAUUUGAAAGUCGGUGAUGUAUGUGUUUUUGUAUUGAUUGACUGCAAUGAACGUUUAUUUGAAGUAUUCUUUUAUCGCACCAACAAUGCUGAAGAUUGCCCCUUGUCACCAGGCCAUGGUGGAGUAGCAAUUGAUCGAGUUGAGAAAAGGAGAAACCCCAUGAUUAAAGUUGAAACUGAUUGCACCACAAAUUAUGAAAAUGGCAAGUACAAAAGGUUGAAGACUGGUGGGCAGGUUACUCAAAGGCCUUUAAAUUCAUCUUCAAGGUCUCUUGAAGCUGCUAACAGGUUCACCCCAAAGAAUCCAUCCUUCAGAGCCACUUUGGGGUCAACACCCCUGAUAUUGCAUGUACCAGUUACAUUUGCCCGGAGUUUCGUCAAAAAGAGGAAGCAAACCGUGAAUCUUCAGGUCAGAGAGAGAUCGUGGCCUGUGAAUUUGAUUGGUCAUACUAAAGAAUCAGGAGCUAAACUUUGUGGUGGCUGGCGUGAAUUUGUGACGGAAAAUUGUUUGAUGGAAGGAGAUGUUUGUAUAUUUGAGCUCAUUGAGAGAAAUGACAUUGUACUGAAAGUUCACAUUUUCAGAUGUUGA